AUGGCCCCCCCGGGACCCCCCUAUCCCCCGCGCUCGACGGCGUGGCCCCGUCGGACGCUGCAGGAGGACGUGGGGGGGCCUCGCCCCCUCUGCUCCACGGGUCGGGGACGGUGCCCACGCCCUGACAGUGGCAGCGCGGGGAUAUCGGGGUCUCUGCUCCGCGGUCCCGCAGGCGAGGACGCGGGGGUGGCGCGGGGGCUGUUCCAGCGGGUGCGGGUGCUGUGCUGGGUGAUGACAGCGCCCCAAAACCUGGAGAGCAAGGCCCGGCACGUGCGGGACACCUGGGCGCGACACUGCAACGUGGCCCUGUUCGUCAGCUCCGAGCCCGCCCCGCACUUCCCCGCCCUGGGGCUGGGGGUGCCCGAGGGCCGGGGGCAGCUCUACCGCAAAACCGUGCGGGCUCUGCAGUUCGUGCACCGGCACCUCCGCGCCCGCGCCGACUGGUUCCUCAAGGCCGACGACGACACCUUCGUGCUGCUGGACAACCUGCGCUGGCUGCUGGCCGCCCACCCGCCCCAGCGGCCCCUCUACCUCGGGAAACGCUUCCGACCCUUCACCCGCCAGGGCUACAUGAGCGGCGGGGCCGGCUACGUGCUCAGCCGGGGGGCGCUGGCCCGCCUGGCCCCCGCCCUGGCCCGCGGCACCUGCGGCCACGGCGGCCCCGAGGAGGACGUGGCGCUGGGGCAGUGCCUGGAGCGGCUGGGGGUGGCCGUGGGGGACUCGCGGGACACGCGGGGACGGGAGACCUUCCACCCCUUCCCGCCCGAGAUCCACCUCACACACCGCUUCGCCCGCGGCUUCUGGUACCCGCGGUACUGCUGGUACCCCGUGGUGGAGGGCCCCCAGUGCUGCUCGGACCUGGCCGUGUCCUUCCACUACGUGUCCGGACAGGAGAUGUACGAGCUGGAGUACCUGAGCCAGCGGCUCCGCCCCUACGGCUACAGACCCCGCUACCGACCCGCCCUGAGCCCCCCCACCGCCCCCGGGACCCCCGCGGCCCCCAACGCCACCCGGAGCCACACAGGUCCCGAAGUUCCCGAACCCUGCCCGUCCCCCUCCCGGACCCCCCCGCGGUGA